CCUGGUAUUUUGAAAGAAAAACAGCCUCUCAAGAAAGGGGUUUGGGUAGCCAAAAAAAUAAAAAAUAAAAAACCCGAGUCUUCUCUCAGUUCUCAGCCUCCCUUCAUCCCCGUCUUUCCAUCUCACCGUCUUUGCUGACCACCAUCACCAAAAUGCCAUUGAAGAGGGAAGGGAUUCCCGCUUCUUCUGAUUUUAAGAGGAACCGCGGCACACACAAAAAAACAGAACAGCCACACAGAAAAAAUGGGAUUUGAGAUUCUUCUAGAACGGAGGGGCUUUCGGAGACGAUGGUGAAGCAGAUGGACGGAGCAGGUCCUGUGGGAGGGAUCCCUCCCUUCUGAUCCCGAUCUGCUUUUCUCCAGAAAGUUCCGCCUUGGGUGUUUUUCGUCUUUGAAGUUUUUGUUUUAGUGGCUGGGUUCUGGAAUCUUGAGUUUGAACUGCUGUUUUGUUGAGUUAUAGCUUGAAAUUCAUUUUUGCCAGAAUAAAACCCUAAUUUCCCU